GGUUCUAAGAUGCAGAGGUGAGCAGGUGAAGGAGAAGCAUUCUGCAGAACAGUGAAAGCUGAUGUACCUGUCCUGGACUAACACUCCCACCUCCUCUCUGUCGCUCCUGAAGGAAAGAUCUCUGUCCUGUCUCAGUCCAGACCUCCAAGCCUGAGGGGAAAAUGGGCAACAUGGCAUCCGAGAUUGUGGCCUUUCUCCUGACCAUCUCGGGGUGGAUCCUGGUGUCAUCGACCCUGCCGACAGGCUACUGGAAGGUGCUCUCUGUGGAUGGCACGGUCAUCACCACAGCUACUUUCUGGUCCAACCUGUGGAAAACAUGCGUGACUGAUUCCAACUACAAGGACUUUCCUUCAAUGCUGGCUUUGGAUGCCUAUAUCCAGGUGUGUCGAGGAGUGAUGAUUGGCGCUGUGUGUCUGGGUUUCUUUGGUGCCAUCCUCGCUUUGGUAGGAAUGAAGUGUACAAAAAUAGAAGGGUCAAAGAUCACCAAAGCUCGCCUGACCAUCCUCUCUGGCAUCCACUUCAUUCUCAGUGGUAAAUCCAGAUAUGCUCACAAGAUCAAAGACUUCUUUGACCCCCUUUUUGUUGCUCAGAAAAUUGAACUAGGAGCUGCUCUCUUCAUUGGCUGGGCUGGAUCUGUGUUGUGCAUCCUAGGAGGACUUAUCUUCUGUCUUUCCCUGUCUUAAGUCUUUAAUAUCAAAGCUGAAUACACCUACAGCGGGGCUGCAUCAUUUGUGAUGACACGGAACAAGCACAGCAACACAGCCAACAGCCUCCACAAGGAACCAGGGGAGCCAUCCAGACAGUUUGGAAGAAAUGCCUAUGUGAGAAAAUAG